AAUAUUAACAUUAGGAUGGCCGUUAAAAAGUGUUGCAUUGACAACUGUAAGUCAUGUUCAACAAGAAAGGAGGACAGAGGUGUCACAUACCACAAGUUUCCCAAAAACAUUGCAUUACGUGACAUUUGGAUAACUGUAACACAUUACAAACACACAGACACAGAGUUGCCUCAGUAUGUGUGCUCACGCCACUUCUGUAAAAAUGAUUUUCAAAGUUUCAAGGAUUCUAAAUACAAAUUGAGAACAGAGGCAGUUCCUUCAAUAUUUCCAUGGGAUACUGACACUGAUGAGGAUACCAGAGAUAUGGAUGACAUGGAUGAUAUAAGUGCUCCAGUGGAGGGGUUCAGCAAGGACUGUGAAAUAGAGAAUGUGGAUGCUAUCAAGAAGUUUAUUGAGGCACAAGAGAAAGAGAUCCAGGACCAGAAAGAUGCUGAUUUACUGAUAAGCGAGAAAGUUAAAGAUGAAGACAUUAGGGAACCAGCAAUGUUGGAACCAAUGAACACAGUGGCACACACAGACAGCGGCUUGAUGAAUAUGAUACUCAGUGAGUCUGAUGUAGACAUGUCUAAAAAGAAAGAUGUAAAAUGUAAGCCAAUUUAUAAUCCUAUUGACAAAGGAACCGGCAGCAUGGCACUCUCCAUUGGUUCUAAAGUUGAGGCCAAGGACUUCAGCGGUGAAUGGCAUCCAGCAGAAAUAGUUGAAGUGGACUAUGAAGACAUGGAGGUGCUUGUACGCUAUGAAAUUGAUAGCAAAAGACAUGACGAAUGGAUAAGCGUGAGUAGUCCCCGCUUGCGACCGAUCAGUACCACUCAGUCUAGUACUAGUAGCGUUACAUCCGUAAGCACGGUAAAACCCGGACCCAGUUCUGAAGAAUCUCUCACGGACUCCUUACCCAUAGCGAGUCUUAAGGAAGAAGUAAAAGAGGUGAAGACAGAAGAUAAGCCUAAGCUAAGCUUCGAAGUGGGCGAGCGAUGCCUCGCGAGGUGGCGCGAUAAUAGGCGGUUUAUUGCUACCAUUCUUAAUGAUUUGGGUGAUGGCAAUUUUGAGAUAUUAUUCGAUGACGGUUGCCAUUGGACUUGCAAUACUUCGCGGCUGUAUAAACUGCGCUCGAACAAGAGCGAAUCUGGCGGGACUCCCGACUCUUAUGGGGCCGGACCUAGCAACGUCAGUCCACAAACAAACACACAGUACCCAGCUUUCCAUACACAUCUCUUCGACCCUACAAGGGAUUACCUAGGUUCGAAAAGCGAACGCCGCGAAAUGAAACGCAAACUAAACAUAAAGGAAAUAUUCAAUAUAGGUCAGAAACGGCCAAAGAAGCAGAAAACUGUGCAAGAAAAGACGGUUGUUGAAAGGAAACCCAGGGUUAUGAAGAAGAAGCGAGAGAGGGUCGUCAAGUUGAAGCUUGAGAGUGAAAUUAAGGCCGAGAUUAAGACUGAACCACCGGCCGCAGAUGCCGUCGCGUCAAUCAUUGGUACUCUAAGCAAAGAGGAAGAGGUGCCUCUAGAAGAAGUUAAGAGAGAUGAGAAGAUAAAGGAAGAACAAGUUGAGGCAAUAACGGAAGAGAAGAACCCGGCGGCCGACGUUAUACAGAAAGACGAAGUUACCGAAGUAACUGAACCUAUAGCAUCUAAAGGCGAGGUUAGAGAUAACGAUCUUAUUCAACUGGAAGACCUGAGAGGAGAAUUGGACCCGGUUCUAGAGGAAGAGGUGAUACUGGAACAGUUUGACAAACCAGAUGACGUAAAACACGAGGAAGUUAUCGACAGAAUUAAGGAGGCUAUCAUCAAGUUAGAGGAUGGCUUGAACCAAGUCGAACGUGUUAGCUCGCCUAAAAUAGAAUCGAAACCAGAAAUUGAACCUACAAUCACAACACCUGAAGUUGCCACAGAAGAACCAAUUCCAGAAGCAACAGUGGAAAGUCAAAAUUCAAGCUUUGAAAGUCAAAAUACAACAGUCGCAAACGAUGAGACGAAGAAACUAACAAAAGUGAAGAAGGGUAAGAAACUUCGCUUGCUGCGUGAGAAGAAGGUGAAGAAACAAGUUGAGAAGGUGAAGAAUGAGCUAGAGUUAGUGAGGAAGCAAGUAGAUGAGAUGAGGCAGCAGAUGUUGAAUCGUCAGCAGUUGGGAACUGGGGCUGUGAUGCCCGAGAGUUUCCUGUUGCCCGGGGAGUGGUGCUGCAAGUGGGUGAACGGACAGCCAGUGGGGACGGUCAGCGAGAUUGAGUGUGAGGUUAAAGUUGAUGCCAGUGGAAAACCACCUUUGCCCAGGAGGAGUGUGCAGGUUGAAGACAAGAGACUGCCUCCAGGCUGGACGAAACACAUGGUGCGCAGGAGUUUCGGUCAUUCAGCUGGCAAGUGGGAUGUCGUGCUAGUUAGUCCAGACAACCGGCGUUUCCACACCAAGAACGAGAUGCGAUUAUAUUUGGAGAACAACCCAUCACUCGUAGAGGAGGGCUAUGAACAUUGUCUCUCGGACUUCGGCGUGCACUUGAAGCUAGCUCGUCGGAUGGGCUGGAUCUCGCAGUCGGCAGAUGGGGCCCCGCUACCGGCCGGCACCUUGAGCAGCACUUCGCCCCUCGUCAAACGAAGAAAGCUAAGCCUUAAGAGGAACGAUGCUAGAAGACCCAGGAUCAAGAUUAAGAAGAUUAAGGUCCCUAGAGUGAAACAUGAUGUGGCUGGUGGUGAUGGAGUUCCCUCCACGAGUGUUCCAGUGACUGAUGGUUUGACACCUAGUGAAGUACCAGCUGAAGUUCCACCUUUAGAAGAUGGAUAUGUAUAUGUUGGUUCACUAAAAGUCCAAAUAAUCGAGAACCUACUCCGCUGUCCGGCCGAGGGCUGCUUCAAAAACUUCCGAAACAACACUUUACUACAGAUGCACAUCAAACACUACCAUAGAGAACUUAGGAAGAUGUUGGGAGCCACACCCAAAGUUCUAGACCUCGCCUACGCAAGGACCAUGCCUUUAGAGACCGAUACACCUAAAAAAGAAGACAGCAAGAUCAUCAAAGUGAAAAUACCCAGACCUCCAAAACGGGAAGAACCCAAACAAGAAAUAAAGGAAGUUAAUACUGAAUUGCAAGUGGACACUACACCAAUUACACCCGUUAAAGAAGUUGAGGGCCCACUUGUUCCUAGAAGCCAAGACUCACCCAAGCUCCGUCAAGCAUUGAUCAACAAACCGGUGAAGCGUCCCCGGGUGUUACUGCCAGUGAGGCGUCCGGACCCAGAGCCGGUCUUGCCAGAACCUUUUAAUGAGGACAUAGAUGUUGAAGACACGGAUUUACCUGAACCAGUGAUGGAGAUCCCACCUUUGGACAUUCCUCUAGACUUCGAAAGUGCCAUAUCGACACAUACAGUGACUAAACCUGUGGAUAAAAAGCGAAAAGAGAAACGAAGGUUUGCUCUUGCUGCUAAAAGACCGGUAAGCGAAGAGGAGUUUGGGGAUGACUGGUUCGGAAUGAAUUCUGACGUAGACACUCGGUCUAGUUUCCCAAGGUCUGGUACUCCGGAUUCGAAGGUCGAUGAAAGGUCGCGAGCAGCACCCGUGUCGUCGGAGUCUAAUGAGGACAAUAAGGACUCAAACAAUUAUAUGUUUAAUGAGAAUGGCGAGCGUAUAAAGAUCGUCCACAUGAAGCGUGAAGAGAUCAUCAACUGCCACUGCGGGUUCCGCGAGGAGGACGGUCUGAUGGUGCAGUGCGAGCUGUGUCUGUGCUGGCAGCACGCGCUCUGCCAUAACAUACAGCGAGAAUGCGAUGUCCCAGAAAAAUACACAUGCAGUAUUUGUCUAAACCCCCGUCGUGGUCGUCGCUCGCAACGCUUCCUGCACGAUCAGGAUCGCAUGUACGAAGGCCUCCUGCCGGCUGGCAAACCGUGCGAAUCACUACGUCGCUCGCACGAGCUGGCCGGCAACCUGCUGAGGAUUGAGGAUGCUCUGCAUGCCUUGAGAGUCAAGUAUUAUGUGGCUACUAAAAAGGACCAUCCAAAACUCUACCUAUGGGCCAAAGACUGGGAACAAGUCGAAAUUCAAUAUACUCAAGAGAAGCUGAACUCUGACUACUCGGACCUGAACAUAAUGAUCAACAGCGUGGACAAGGAGAACCAGCCGGUGCAGCCCGGGGAGGUGCGGGACAUGCCCAUGCAUAUACAGACCCCGCCCUCUGAGGAACAGGAACAAGAAAGGUAUACACAGCGAGAUGGUCAGCUAGGUUCCCAGUCACUCCUAAGUGGGCUGCUAUCAAGCCCGGGCGACGCGUCGCUCGACCUGCCCAUUAGUACGUCGGAAUUGGAGCGCCUCGCACAGUCAGUACAAGAGCAAGAGGUGCAGCGGGCGCUGGUGGUGGCGCCGCAGCCGGAGCCGCCGAUAGAGAACGCGGCGUGUCGGCGCCAGCUGCUCAAGCAUCUGCAGCGCUGCCAGGCGCUCAUCGACGCCCGGCUCGACUCCAUCGAGGCACAAGUUGCAGAAUUGGAAUCUCAAGACCCGUCGUUCGAGGAUGACGAGACAGCGGAAUUCUUCCCGCGCACCAAACAGACAGUACAGAUGCUGAUGCGUGAUCUGGAGACCAUGGAGGAGUUGGGAGUCAUCACCUAAACGUGUACCAUACUUGUAGGCGAAGCCAUUAUAUGUGAUAAGCUUUAAACUAUAUGUUCUACGAUUUAAUAUGUGAAUGUUAUUCAAAAGUCAUAUGGAUUUAAUCAAUAUGUAUUUGUGAAUAUUUAAAGAUUUCUUGUGCGCCAUGUAUUCUAAUAAUGUUUUACAAGUUGUGCAUGACUUUUGUGAUUAUAAUGAAACAGUGACUUCUAGCGUUUACCUUGGUUGAGUUUGCAUAAAUGUACCAAAGUGUAAAUAAACAAAUAUAACAGAA